AAUAGAAGAAGAAUUUUGGGCACAUCACAUGGGUGUCCAUUUCAUUUUUUGAAUAUUUUGAAUGAGAUGAUCGAAGUGAGUCACAUGCCGCACAGCGUAAAAAGGAAUAGAGGAUCGUGUUUGUAAACGUUUCAUCUUCUCUUUCUCUCUCUGGAUGGUGGUGAAGAUGAUAGAAUGGCAGAAGCAGUUACAGAAUAAUGAGAAGGCAGAUCGUACUAACAACAAUAUGAUGUUUGUGAAGGUUAUGACUGAUGAACAGUUAGAAACUCUGAGGAAGCAGAUUGCGGUUUAUGCCACUCUCUGUGACCAGCUCGUUGAGAUGCAUAGAACACUCUCCACUCACCACGAUCUUACAGGAGUUCGGGUGGGAAAUAUAUACUGCGAUUCAUUGAUGACAUCAGCAGGGCAGAAAAUAACGUCUAGGCAGAGGUGGACACCAACACCAUUGCAGCUUCAAAUUCUUGAGCGGAUAUUUGAUCAAGGAAAUGGAACUCCAAGCAAGGAGAAGAUUAAAGAGAUCACUGCUGAACUUAGCCACCAUGGCCAGAUUUCUGAAACAAAUGUAUACAAUUGGUUCCAAAACAGGCGUGCAAGAUCAAAGAGGAAGCUUCAAAAUAAUGUGCCACCUACUACUAUUGAAUCAGAAGUAGAUGCUGAGGUUGAUUCUAAGGAUAAGAAGACAAGGCCAGAGGAGUUAAUUGGUUCCCAACAACAACAACAUAGUACCAUCAUAAUGACUAAUGCUUCUGCUACUAAUAGGCCAGAAAAGUUGUGCUUUCAAAACCCUGAGUUGCAGUAUUUAAAUAAUCAACAUCCAAACAAGAACAACAAAUCAGAUCCCAUUUUCACAUCAGAUGGCACUCUAAGACCCUUAAGGAAUUUUAGUCGUAUGCCUGUUUUUGAUGAUGUUCUAUCAAACUCAAGGGGAGAUUAUCUAGAUGGAAAAAUGGAAGUAGGUGGAAUGUAUAAUUUAUAUCAGCAAGGAGGAGACUACAACUUGGGGGGUUGACACUUGACAUGCAUGAUGAGUUGUUUUCAUUUUGGUACAAGUUGUGUGUCUGAUCAAUUAAUGUGACUAUCUGUAAAGAAUUGGAAGUUGGGAGUGUGGUUGUUGGGCUUUUGUUUAUGACAAUAUCAAGAUAUGUCUUUUGUAAUUUGUACUAGGGUUCUAUAAAUUAUUCAGGAGGUUGGCAUGUACAUGUUACUUAUUCCAUGUUGAGAGGUUGGUUUUUGUUGGCUUUGGAUGCUACAUUUUA